GUAUUUAUAACAAAAUUAAAACAACAAUCAAAUUUAUCAAGAAUUCUAACACUUAUAUUUAAACAUUUGUAUAAGUUUAUAACUUUUUAUUUUUUCAUUAAUUUUUUAAAUUAUUUUUACUAACGUUGAUUGGAAAUUUUAUAAAUGACAGCUUGAAUGUUUAAAAAAUAUAUAAAAUAUUCAACUAGUGACCUAAAUGAAUUAUUAAAUUGUCAGUAAAUCAGUGUUGUUAAAUGUGACUGUCAAUAAUAAUAAAAAAUUUAAAUAAAAUUGAUUAAUUAACAAUGCGAAAAUUCAGAAUAAUUAUUCAGGCCGUAUAGGAGAGCUAAGAGAAUUAUAAAACUAUGAAAAAAUUAUUGAUACUAUUGAUCCUGAUUCAAGUUCUGGGCCCUAGUUUUGUUAAUGCAUGUCCUGCACCAUGUAGUUGUAAAAAUACAGGGCAACAAAGCGACAAAAUUAGGGUUAAAUGUAACAAGGAUAUUCAGGAUAUUAAACAAAUUGGUUUUAAUAUAAUUGCCCCAGAUAUUUAUGGAUUGGAUCUAAGUAAAAAUGUUAUUGAUGUUGUUGAACCAUACGUAUUUCAAAAUUUAACAAAUUUGAGACGUUUAAAUCUUGCUUAUAAUAAAAUAAGCAAAUUGGAAAAAGACUGUUUCUUUGGACUUCAAAAUCUUGAAAGAUUAAACAUAAGUAAUAAUCAAAUAUCAUCAAUUGAUUCCAUGGUAUUUUCACAGCUUCUAAAUCUAAAAAAACUCUCUUUGUCGUUUAACAAAAUAAGCACUGUGGAGACCGAUUUGUUUCAUAAUUUAUUGGCAAUAGAUCAGUUAGAACUCAAUGGAAAUGCAUUAAAAACAUUGUCAGAAAGAAGUUUUCAUGUUUUACGUGAAUUAAGACUAGUUGAUUUAUCUGACAAUCCUUGGGAAUGUGAUUGUCGUCUUUAUUGGUUGAGUAAUUGGAAUUCAUCACUUUACAAAUUAAAUCCAUUUCCAAAAUGUCAUUCACCACAAAAUUUUCAAGGUCACUAUAUUACAGAACUUGGUUUAUCAGCAGAUUAUUCAUGUCAAUUUACAAAACCAGUUGUUGAAAUUAAACCUGAUCAAAAUCAAGUUGUUUUUGAGGGUGAUACAAUAACACUUAAAUGUUCAGUACCAAGUAUACCAAAUGAUCCAAGUGCAAAUUUAAAUUGGCUAUGGGAUCCAACAAUGAAUAUUGAUAAUAAUAUAAAUAAUGAAAAAAAUUUAAUAAAUCCACUUGAAAAAUUUUCAAAUAUUAAAAUUGAAAAUAGACGUUUAUCAGAUAAUGCAAUAAUUGAUAUAUCAUUAAAAAUUGAUCCAGUUAAAGAAGAACACAAUGGAAAAUGGAAUUGUCAUUUACUUUCAAAUUUUGGUAAUAUAUCAACUGCAAUAAGUAUCAUUGUUAUAUCAGAUAAAACACGUUAUUGUCCAUUAACAAUAACAACAAAUAAUAAAGGUGUUUAUGCAUGGCCAAAAACAGUUAUUGGUUGGAAAGUUGAAUUACCAUGUGAAGGUUUUGCUUUAGUACCAUUACGUGCAUCAUAUGAAUGUGAUGAAAAUGGUAAUUGGAAAAAUUUAAAUACUGAAUUAUGUCCAUUUACAUCAUCAAUAACAAAAUCAUUUGAACAAUUUUCAAAAGUUGAUUUAACAUUAACAAAAAGUACAUUUUUAGAAACAGCUAAAAGAUUUAAAAAUCAUACAUCUGAUGUUAAUAAAAUAACAGAUCCAAUUGAAAUACAUUUUAUUGUUAAAACAAUUGAAAAUUAUUUAAAAUAUUUAACAUAUGAAAAAGAACUUGAUAUAUUAUUAAUAAAUAUUAUAAGUAUUAUUAUGAAAGUACCAAGAUUAAUUCUUAAAACAGCUGAAAAAAAUUAUAAAGCAUGUACAAGAUUAAUUAAAUCAAUUGAAAAUAUAAAUGAACAUAAAAAUUCAAAUAUUUUAAAUAAUAAAAAUAUUGCACUUGAAACAAUACGUAUUAAACAAGAAUAUACAUAUUCAAGUUUAUCAUGUACAUGGUACAGUUAUAAUCAAUUAAUUGAAAAAAAUGAUAGUCGUAUAUUAAAUUGUUUAGAAAAUAAUAAAACAAUUAAUAAUUUUUAUAUUGAUAAUAAAAUAAUUGAAGCAACAAUACAAUUAAAAUUUAAUUUUACUAAAAUUGAAACAUUCAAUUUAACAACAACACCACAAUUAAUGAUAUCAAUGUUUUCUGAUAAUAAUUUAUUUCCAUUUUAUACUGAUAAUAAAACUUAUGAAAAAUAUGAUAUAACAUCAGGAAUUAUUGGCUCAAAUAUCAUUGGUUUAAAUAAUAAUAUAACAAAAAAUUUAACUGAACCAAUAAUUGUUAUAUUAAAAAUGUUAAAUCCAUAUGAUUCAAAUAAACGUCCAAUAUUAGCAAUUUGGAAUAUAAACAAUAAUGGUAGUGGUGAAUGGUCAACAAAAGGAUGUGAAUUAAAAGAAGCACUUGCUACUUUAGUAUUAUAUCAUUGUGAUAAAUUAGGAUAUUAUGGUUUACUUGAAGAUUUAUCAUAUCUUGAUGAAAAACCAAUGAUAAUUGGUGCAAAAUUUAAAUAUUCAAAUCCAGCAAUUUAUAUUGGUACAUUAAUUAUAAUAAUAUGUUUAACAUGUACAUCUGUAACUUAUAUUAUUUGUAAUACAUCAAUUGCCAUGCCAAAAAGAUCAAAACACAGUAUUAUUAAUACUUGGAUUGCAAUAAUAUUAUUAUGUUUUUUUUAUACAACUGGUAUACAACAAACAGAAGAUAUUGAAAUAUGUCAAAAUGUUGGAUUAGCAUUACAUUAUUUAUCAUUAUGUUGUUUAUUAUGGAUGACAGUAUCAGCACAUAUAAUGUAUCAUAGAUUAUCAAAAUCAAAUAUUAAAACAAUACCAGAUGAUGAAAUACCAGAACAAACAAUGCCAAAACCAAUACUUGGAUUAUAUUUAUGUGGUUGGGGUAUAUCAAUGAUUAUUUGUGGUAUAUCAAGUGCAAUUAAUCAUCAUGAAUAUUAUGGUUAUAAUUAUUGUUUUUUAUCAACUGGACCAGCAAUUGUACAACUUUUUAUACCAUCAAUAAUAUUAAUUAUUUAUAUGAUGAUAUUAUAUCUUUUAAUAAGAUGUACUAUUAGAAAUAUUAAUAAUAAUAAUGGACAAUUAUCAGAAGGUACACAAGCAACUGAAAAUGUUGAUUUAGAAUUAUUAGAACCAAAUGAAAAUCGUGUUGAUGAUAAUAGUGUUAAUAGUACACCAACAGUAUCAUCUGAAAUUGAAGAUAUUGAACAUUCACAAAUAACACAAUUAAAAGGACAUAUUAUAAUAUUAAUAUUAUUUAUAAUAAUAUGGUUAUCUGGUUGUAUAACAACAAUACAACCAUUUACCAAUUAUUUACCAAAUGAAGAAUUAAUAUUUGCAUCAAUUUAUGCAUUAUCAUCAUGUGGUUUAGGUUUAUUUGUAUUAUUAUUUUAUGGUAUUGCAAGAAGUGAUGUACGUUCACAAUGGACAAUAAUGAGAUGUUGGUUAAAAAGAAAAAAAAAUAAUUGUUGUAGAACAAGAAAUGUUUGUGAUGCACAUCAAACAAUACCAGCACAACCAUUAGUACAAAAUUUAACAUUACCAAUAUUAAAUACACAAGCAACACAAGUUACAUCUGAUACAAAUUCAAUAGCAUCAUCAAGAUGUUAUAUUGAUACAUCAAUGAGAGUAUCAAAUAUACAAUUAAAAACAUCUGAUAUUGGAUCAGAUACAACAUUAAGUAUAAAUAAAAAUCAAAAUAUUAAUCUUGUUGUACUUCAUAGACAACAAUAUCGUUCAAAUAAUUCAGUAACAACAUAUACAGAAUCAGCAGUAGCUGGUGGACAUUCAACAUGUGCUGAAAUGUUUUAUAAUCCACAUCAAAGUGGUGUUGCAAGAAAAUUUUUUAAAAAACAAAGAAGACAUAUUAAACAUAAUAAUUUAGGACCAAGAAAACAAGGUGAUGGAGGAGCAACAAGUGAUAAUGAUUCAUGUAUAUCAAUACCAAGACCAGCACAAAGAAAUCAUGAUAAUCAACAUUUAAAUAAUUCAAAAGUUAAUAAUACAAAUAUACAUGUUGAAAUUAAUCCAGUUAGUGAUGUUAAAAAUAUUAAUAUAUUAUCUGAUUCAUGUGGUAGUAUAUCAUCAAUUGGUGAUAAUAAUAUUCCAGUACGUUAUGUUAUUGGACAAGAAAAAAUUCAUAUUAAUGGAAAAAAAUUAAAUAAUAAUAAUAAUUUAUCAAAUAAAAAUAAUAUACAACAAAAUAUUCCAUUAAGUCCAAUUGAAUCAGAUGGUGAUACAAAAACUGAAGAAGAAAAAUUAUUAAAAAAUGCAUCACAACAAUGUAGUUUAGAAUAUAGUUCAGAAAUUGAUUCUGUAACACAAAUAACAAGUGAAAAAAGUGAUAAUAAUCUUCCUGAAAUUGAUGAAACACCAGAAACAUCAGAUAAAAAAAUAGACAUUGAUUUUAAAUGUACAAGUUUAAAUCAAAUUAAUCAUAAUAAUAAUAAUAAUAAUAAUAAAAAUUCAAAAAUAUUAUUAAAACGUUGUGAACAAUCAAAUAGUUUAUCUUGUUUAACAAAUAUUAAUCAUUAUAAUAUUGAAAAUAUACAAAAAAAUUAUAGAAAUUCAUACAAUGAUUUAUUAAGUAUUGAUACAAGUUCAAAAAAUUGUGAAGCUGAUUCAAGAGCAUCAAUUGAUGAUUUAAUAAGUGAAGAAAAUUCAGAUAUUAAUUCACGUCAUUAUAUUGAAUCACAACAAUCAGAAACAGAUGAAAAUAGUUUUACAAGUGAAACAUUAUUUAAUCGUGAUGCACCAUUAUUUACAACUUCACUUAAUAAUAUUAAACGUAUAAGUUCAAAUAGUGAAAAUAUAAAUUUUGAUAUACUUCAUGAACUUAAAUUGCCAAAUUUAAAUCAACAAGUCAAUAAUAUUAUUAAUCAUGAUAAUAAUAAUCAUGAUUAUCUUGUUAAAGAAUUUAAUUCAUUGACUGAUUUAACAGCUAUUAAUGUUUCAUUGGGUGAAAUACGACAUCUUGAUAUAAAUGCUAGUAUUGGUGUUGAUUAUGAAGAUACAAAUUAUACUGAUACACAAAUUUACAAUGAAGAUUUUGUUGUUGAUGAUGAUGAUGAUGAUAAUAAUGUUAUUUUACUUGAUGAAAAUAGUGACAAAAAAGAAACGAGUGUUUAAUUUAUAUCAAGUAUAAAUUUACUAACAAAAUAAUGUGCCAAGUGAUUUGAUCUAUUGAUCUUUCUUCCUAUCAAUUUUAUUAUUUUUGUUUUUUUUUUUCUUUUCUUCCAUUGCAAUAUCAAUAUAUUAUAUAAAAUUAUAAUAUGUAAUUUUUUUAUUUUUUUUUAAUGUGUACAUAAAUUAAUUAUGUAAUAAUCGAUGUCAUAUGCACUUGACUUUUCUUUGU